AUGCCUUAUAUCAUUGGGCUCAACAGCGGCUCUUCUUUUGACGGAAUUGACGCUGUCUUGUGUAGCAUUGAUAUCGCACCAGAUGGCCACCCGGACCGUCCGAAGUAUAUCGAUGGUAUCUCGGAGCCGUGGCCAGAAGAGUUGCAGCCCGAUGUUCUGAAGGCGUUCUCCAACGAGCUCCCGCUCUUUGACUUGUGCAGGCUCAACUAUGCUGCCGGUGCCGCCUAUGCCGACAUCACGAACAAGCUGCUCGACAAGGUGGGAAUGAGGCCAGAAGAAAUCGAUGUUGUCGGUUAUGACGGCCAAACGAUCUACCAAGAGCCUCCGAACAGAGAAAGAGAAAGAGAAUAUUUCGCAAGCGGAAGCAAAGUUCUGGUUGAUAGGUGGACCAAGGGGGGAUUUGCAUGUGGGCUGUUUAUCGUCGAAUCUGGCGUUGUCACAGCCCUGACGAACAUCACAACAGUCACACAGUUCCGACCUAUUGACCACGCAUUGGGAGGUUCAGGGGCUCCACUGAUGCAAUAUCUCGAUUUCUGCUCAUUCCGCACUGAAGGACCUAUUGUUUCGCUGAACAUCGGAGGCAUUGCCAAUUUACAGCUCGCCGACGCGGACCGGCAUAAGAUGAUGGCCUUCGACACCGGGCCGGGAAAUGUGAUGAUUGACCAUGUGAUGAAAGUUCGAGAAGGCAAGCCAUAUGAUGCUGGUGGUGCAUUGGCGGCCCGAGGUCAAGUAAUCCCAACGCUUUUGGCGAGGCUCGAAGAACACAAAUUCUUCCUCCGAAAGCCACCUCGUUCAGCAUGGCGCUUAGACUUCGGUGGUGAGCAUGCGGAUAAGAUCCUAGACGAUUACAAGGAUGCAUCAAGUGAGGAUAUCUUGGCAACUCUUACGCUCUUUACGGCAAAGGCCAUCGAACGAUCGGUCGUUGACUUUAUUCUGCCCAAAACCCCUGUAAAGACGGUCAUUGCCAGUGGAGGUGGUACCAGGAACGACACACUUAUGAGUCACCUCAAGGAGAGGCUGGCUUUGCACGGGGUAGCGCUUCGCACCAGUGAUGAAUAUGGACUCCCAGCACCAUUCAAGGAAGCCAUCAAGUUCGCAACCUUGGCAUUUGCGUGCAUGAACGGGCUUGCAAACAACAUUCCCGCUGCGGGUGGAGCGUCCUCUUUUGCCGUGCUAGGUGUCAGGGUCCAACAUGAUCGGGAAGUGUUCUCUGAUGGAGUGCCGUGA